UGCCCAGCCUGCGCUCCUGCCAGGACUCCGCGUGAGUCUGCCGCGUCCUGCCUGCCCCGGCCCGGCCAGCCUCAGGACGCCCCGUGGACCUGGGGGUUGCGGGGUCGUGGGCACUUGGCGCGCAGAGGCACGCCGCCUUCGGGCCCGGCCGCUACUGCUGGCUUCAAACGCAGACCCGGAGCUCGAGGACGCAGGUGUCCAGUUUCCUUUGACCUUGAGGACCCGGGAAGGUUCUAUGCGCCAUGGCUAUGACUAGUGUCAGAUUGCCUGCCAGCGUUUUGAGAAAGCCAGAUGCCUGGAUUGGACUCUGGGGAGCACUACAAGGGACACCUUCGUACAAACUCUGUGCUUCCUGGAAUCGAUACUUAUAUUUUUCUAGUACCAAGUUAAACACAUCAAAUUGUAAAACAUUUUUCCAUAACGUUUUCUCACGGAGACUCCCCAGGCUUUUCAUAUCCCCAGAAUAUAUUUUCCCAUUUUCCAUAAGACUCAAAAGUAAUAUCGGCUCUAAAAAAUCCACUGAAAAGACUCUGCAGAAAGCCGCAGCUGAAGAGGACUCUGAUGAGGAGAGCCACGGCGAGAUGAGUGAGCGGGAGGAGGAGCUGGAGGACGACCCUCGUGUGGUCAGAGACUAUAAAGACCUGGAGAAAGUAGUGCAGUCUUUUCGGUACGAUGUUAUCCUAAAGACGGGCCUAGAUGUUGGAAGAAACAAAGUGGAAGAUGCGUUCUACAAAGGCGAACUCAGGCUGAAUGGGGAAAAAUUAUGGAAGAAAAGCAGAACGGUGAAAGUGGGAGAUGCAUUGGAUCUUCUAAUUGGAGAGGAUAAAGAAGCAGAAACAGAGACAGUGAUGAGGGUUCUCCUGAAAAAAGUGUUGGGAGAGAAAACUGAAAGCGAGAAGUACAGAGUGGUGUUACGCCGGUGGAAAAAGUUAAAGUUGCCUAAAAAGAGUAUGUCUAAAUAA